AUUUAUUUGAUAUGACUUUUCAUAUAAUAAAUGUACAAAAUAUCUAAAAUUGGAUUUCCACCUUUACAUUCAGCAUUGUAAAAACUAGGCCGCUGAUCAGUCCAGAGUGAGCGCUCGAGGAUGGAGUUUAAAAAUUUAAGGAGUCUGAGUGCUCAGGAACAAAAGGAAUUCCUCGACAGUUUCGACAUGGUGCUCUUAGACUGUGAUGGAGUUAUAUGGUAUACGUGUGGAGCAAUCCCCAAUGCGCCUCUGGCAGUGAGGAAACUCAGAGAAUUGGGCAAACAAGUUCGAUUCGUGUCCAACAACACGAUCUACAGUUUGGAAAAUUUUUAUAAAAGGUUGGAAAAACUUGAUUUUGAACCCGAACCAGGUUGUUUCGCUGUGCCAACAAUGGCAAUGAUUGAAUAUUUAAGGAAAACCAAUUUUCAAAAGCAGCUGUACGUUAUGGGACCACCUUCAUUGAAAAGCGAACUGGAAAUUGCUGGAUUUAGGGUCGCCCCUGCUGGGCCUGGAUUCGUACCUGGGAUGCAUGACCUUGUCCAAUACACAGUGGAUAAUCCAGAUGUGGGUGCCGUAGUGGUAGACAUAGACAUCAACCUAAACUUCAUGAGCCUUAUGUUAGCAAAAACUUACUUGGCAAGAAGGGACGUCCAAUUAUUAUAUGGAGCUACCGAUAAAGUCCUUCCAAUGGGCCCUUCCGUAGAAGGGGGACCUCCAGUAGAGGCAAUUGGUCCACAUUACUUUCAACAUCAGUUAGAAAAAAUAUGUGGAGUUCGCGGCAUUCCCUUUGGCAAACCCGGUCAAAAAAUGGCCGACUUUAUAAGGGCGAAGUUCAAUAUCACUGAUCCGAAACGUGUGCUGUUCGUGGGGGACAAUUUAAUACAGGAUAUUCAGUUCGGUAAUAGUAGUGAUUACCAAACACUUCUGGUGCUUACAGGUAUCACAGAUAUGGAUGAUCUAGAAGAGGAUUGGGAUUACCCCGAUGCAUGCAGACCUAAUUAUUAUCUAAAUAGAUUCUCAGAAUUGACGGAUAUUAUUGCGAAUGUUGCUUCUAUGAACAAACCAAAAACCUCAAGCACUACUAGAACUCCUCCUAGCAAUACAGCAACUUCUCCCAGCACUUCUGGUUUUUUAAGAUACAUUCCACCCACUGAUGUAUCUCCUCCAGACAAAUCGAAAACCCCAAGGGUUUAAAAAGUGUCUUCCAGUAAUGUCAAUACAAGUAAGUUCCUUCAAGCAGCUUCUUCUGCCAUUUUUUCUAAACUAAAAUAUAUUUUCAAUCAUUUGAGAACUUAUUUAGCUGGUUGAAAGAACUAUAUUUAAAUUGUUCGUCCGUAAUUAUUGAAAUAAAUUAUAUAUGUACAAAUUUAUUUAGGUAAUAACCAAUCCAGUCCAAUUUUUUUUAUUUGUAUUGUAAAAUUUAUGUAAAUUUAUAAAAUUUGUGAUCAUUAAAUAAUAUACAUGUACACACAUGAGUA